CCGCCGCCAGUGCCUUCAUCCGAUCCUCGACUUUCCAUCGACAACAACAAGAGUCCUCCUGCAGACUCAGCACCCGCAAACAGCGCCGACGACUAUGACCUGUUCAAGCUCAAGCCUACCGACGCGCUGCAGCUUCUCAGCUCCAGCGUCGAGCUGCUGGUUCGCAUCACCGGCGACGUCCCACCCACUCCUCCGCCGAAAACACCGACCGACCCUCAGAUGAGCAACAUGCAGGCCGAGAAGGAGAGCAUUGCGCGGUCGCACUCCGAGAAGAGCCUGGCGCGACUGCGGGCGCAGGCCCUGCUGGAAGAGCAAGAAGAGAAGAAUAUGAAACAGCGGAUCAAGCGCCAACAAGAGGAGCAGCAACAACAACAGCAACAGAAACUGCAGAAGCAGAGCCGUUCGUCGGCAGCAAGUGACGCUUAUUCCAUCGACGGCGUACGCCUAAAACACGACCACCUCAAACGAUCAACACCUUCGUCUUCAGCCCCGAACCUACAUCCUCCAGAGCCUUACGUCGUCGUCGGCGCUGAUUCGCAGCCCUUGAAUCUCCAGCACGGCGCCAUCACCCGCAAAUUUUACAGCAAAAACGAACCACCCAUUUCCGUGCACCAGUAUCUGCUUCGACUACACCAGUUCUGCCCCAUGAGCACAGCCGUUUAUCUCGCCACAUCGCUAUACAUCCACCGCCUGGCAGUUGAAGAGCGCGCCAUCCCCGUAACGAGACGAAAUGCGCAUCGACUGGUCCUCGCCGGCCUGCGCGUAGCCAUGAAGGCGCUCGAGGAUCUAUCAUACCCGCACACCAAGAUUGCCAAGGUCGGCGGCGUCAGCGAGGUCGAACUGGCAAGGUUAGAGAUUAGCUUCUGCUUCUUGGCUGGCUUUGAGCUCGUCGUGAGAGAAGAGCUGUUGAAGAAGCAUUGGAAGGUGCUGAGAGAGGGUAAGAUGGUAAUAGACGGUAUGGAAGUUCCGAAGCUGAAACUA